AUGACAACUUUUUGGGUGAGCACAAAAAAGCAUUAUUGUGAAACGUGCAACUGCUGGUUGUCUGGGCAUAAAGUGAACAUAAAGAAUCAUGAAAAGAGCGCAAGACAUGUCGAAAAUUUAAGGAAAUUAAUUAGCGAAUCAUUUAAAAGGAAAGAACAAGAAACGAAAGAGAAAGAGUUCCUUGAAAAGGAAUUAAGAAAGUUAGAAAAUGUAGAAAAGAAAUACUUGUCAAAUUUAAAUAAAAAUGAAACAUCCCCUCAACAAGAUGGCGACAACAAAUUGAAUACUCCAUAUUCUUAUGCCAACAACAUAAGUAAUAACAGGAAAAGUAAUAACAAUAAUGAAGGAAUAAACUGUAGUAAUAACCGGGGUAAUAGGCAUUCUAGUCAUAAAAAAUGGAUUCUAAUGGUACAUGAAGAUACGGGUUCUUUAAUAUUUUUCAACAGACUGAAAAACGACAUUGUGUAUGAAAAACCAAAGGAUUUUCAUGAAAAUUUACUCAACUACGAACCAGUUUCUGAACAGAAUGGAUGGCAUAAAUACUUUGAUUAUAACUCAAAUAAUUAUUAUUAUUUUAAUAUUUACAGCUCGAAAAGUAUAUGGGAAUAUUCAAUAAACAGAAUAAGUACUUUGAUUGAUUUUAUCGAUCGUUGUGAUGAAGCUGAAGAAAAAAAAAUCAGUAGUAAUUACACAGAAAAUGUGAAAUUGAAUACGGAUGCAGAUCCUUUGUCUGGUCAUCACGUCCUUUUAAAUAGAAAUAUGAAUUACGCAAAUUACCCCCAAGAGUAUAUUCCGAAUAGUUAUUAUAUACAUGCCAAUUAUAAUUCGUUAAGCAACGCAGCAGGUAACACAAUGGAGCUGGUUGAGAAUUCGAAAAAAGAAAUGAUUAACAGGAACAGAGGCAAAGAUAUAUUUUCUGGUGAAAGCGGUGGUAACACAUACGAUAGUACACAGUAUAACAAAAUGGGUGAUGCAUUUUCUGUCUCCACAAAUGACAGGAUGCAUGAAGAUGGAGAAAAAAUUGUAAAAGAAAAAAAUAACAUAAAGGGUAAUGCAAGCCCAAGUGAUAGCAAUACAGUGAACGAAGUAGUCAAAACAGAGAAGGUCAAAAGUGCAAUUAUCACAAACAAAUUUAAUAAAAGCAAUAUAGGUCUAGAGGGGAACAAAAAUAAUAUGAAUAGUUCUUUCUCUUUUAAGGAAGAAGACAACAAUAACCUUUCUCCGUAUAGAGAGAAAGAAAAGAAUGGUAAUACAAAAAAAGAUAAAGAAGGGGAAAGAAACAAGACAGAUGAAAAGGGUCAAAUUAAGAAAGACUGUGCAAUUCAAAUGGAUGAAAGCUCUAAACCAGGCACAUGGGAAGUUGUGGAGAACGAGAUAAAUAUAAUUUCUAAUGAAAAUGUUGAGAAAAUUUUUUAUAAUAUAAAAUCUAAAGAAGAAAUAGAAAAAGAAAAAAUUGCGCAUCUAGAGGAUCAUAUUCGUUAUGAAUAUUCUGAAUAUAACGAAUUUUAUAUAAAAAAAAAAGAAUUAGAGAAUGAAAAAAUAUAUUUAAAUCAAGAAUUUAAAUUUGUUGACAAACCUAUAUAUAAGAAAAUUAUUGAUAAGAAUCGGGAUAAAAAAGUAGAAUUUGCGAAACGGAGCAUUAAGGGCAUGAUGAAUAAAAAAAAAAUUGCAUAG